AUGUUAAAGACCCGCAAAAGGAAAUAAGCAAUUAAUCAUAUUUAACAACUAGAAAAUCCUCCUUAAAAGUACAUACAUUCUGGUAUUUCUCACACAUCAUCUUGGAACAAACUUCGUGUUUAAUUUUAACCAAUAUAUGAGGAUUAAAAAUAACUAUAAGAAUAAUUAGACUUAAUAUCAGAUAUGUCAUAAAUAGUUACUCAUAAAGAAAUUUAAUUACUAUCAAAAGAACUAAAAGCCUGUGAAAAUGGAAAAAAAAUAUUUGUGCAAAUGGGUGAUUGUGCUGAAUCAUUUUCAGAAUAAAAUUCUGAGUUUUUAGAUAAAAAAAUGAAGGCUAUAAUAGCAUCAUCAAAAAUAAUAAAAGGAAUUUUAAAUAAAAAUUGUUUAACAAUAGGUAGAAUUGCAGGAUAAUUUUCUAAACCUCGCUCCUAAGAUUUUGAAAUUCUUUCAAAUGGAGAAAAAGUAUGUACUUUUAGAGGAGAUAUAGUAAAUACAAUAGAAAAAAGAACUCCUGAUCCUUUAAGAUUAGCUAAAGGCUACUAAUUUAUAAAUUUUAUUAUAAAAAAUGAAAAUAAUAAUUAAAAUAUAUACAUUUCUCACGAAGGACUUCUUUUAAAUUAUGAAGAAACCCUAACUAGAAUGAUUGAAAAUAAAUAUUAUGCCACAAGUGCUCAUCUAUUAUGGAUAGGGGAAAGAACGAGAUAACUUGAUGGAGCUCAUAUUGAAUUUUUUAAAGGAAUAGAAAACUCAAUUGGAGUAAAAAUUGGCCCUUCAAUAAAAAAAGAGGAGUUCUUAAAGCUUGUCUAAACUUUGAAUCCUCUAAAUUUAAAAGGAAAACUUAUGAUAAUAACUAGACUUGGAUCAAAUAUGAUAGAAUAAAUUUUACCUGAAUUAAUAGAAGUAAAAAAACAAAAUAAUCUUAAUUUCAUAUGGUCUUGUGAUCCUAUGCAUGCAAAUACUUUUACUUCGAGUGUCUGUAAGGGCAAGAAAACAAGAAAAGUAGAUGAAAUUUUAAAAGAAUUGAAAUUAUUUGUAGACAUUCUUUCCAAAAAUUAAUAGCAUAUAGGCGGUAUUCAUUUGGAAACCUCAGCAAUAAAUGUAACUGAAUGUGUGGGAGUUAACUUAGAAGAAAAUGAUUUAGAUAAAAAUUAUACUACUUUAUGUGAUCCAAGGUUAAAUAUAAUUUAGUCUUUAUUCGUAUGUGAGCAAUUUUCAAAUUAUGUUAAAUUUUAUUAAAAAUGAUAAUUAUUAAUUUUAUUUAAAUUUAAUAAUUUUUUUUUUUGAAAAAGAUAUUAUUUAUUUUUUAUAUUUAAAUUUAUGAGAUUUGGUUUAACUUUAUAUAUAAAAAAUUUAAAAAAUAAAAAAAUUAAAUUUUAAAAUCAAUGU